UUUACGUAACCGACGUGUGCAGGCAACUACAGACACGCUAAUUUUCUACAAGCUAUACCGAGCUUAAAUAUUGACGCGUCUUUGAUAACUUUACCAAUUCACCUUUCAGUUCGCGAGUUGAAUUCACAGAAAGUCUAGUCUUGACUCGCACUUAUUCCGACUCUGCGUGUGUAGAUGUUCCCGAGUAGAUACCUACGUAUAAAUUUUUUUUCCCCCUCAUUUUAGUCAUUCUUUUUUGUAAUCGUUGAGUGGUUUUUCGCUAUUGCGGCGAGAUUUCGAAAACUUGCGGGGGUAGAGAGAAAGGUGAAAAACGUGCAAAAGGUGAACUUCGAUCGAGGAAUCCAUUACAAAAAUUUGCAUACCAAAACAGUGAGGAACACGGCGGAUGUGGGUUGCGCGAUCCACCGCCGAUUCAAACUUGGGGGGAUGAUUUCAACUUGUUGUACGGAAGGAUUCCUAGUCAAAGGAUUAUAGUACAGGCAAACAUGAAGAAACACUCCUAAAGCAAAACGAACUGCGGAUCGUAUCGUUAAGCCUGUAGGAGCAGAGGGGGUGGUAAAAAUUCAAAGAAGCAAAUAUUCGAAGGAAUAAAUUUUCAAAGUUUUCCCCCACGAAAUAAGAGAAGAAAUGUAUAGAGAAAAAAUACGAAAAAAUGAAGUAAAAUAAAAUAGAAUAAAACGAAGAAUACCCGCAAGUUUCUAGUUGACUCGGAAGUGACACAAAAGUUUCACCGUCGUCGUAUUGUCACUGAAUAAACUUUACAGAUUGUUGACGCAACGAUUCGCUACCAUCACCUUUAUAUACAUAUCUAUACGUGCAACCUUAUACAAAAAACAGUAAAAGGAAAAUACGAAAAAUUGAAAGAACCAAAUUGCCCAAAACGACGUUUGAAAUUUUUAUAAAAGAGAAAAAACGGAAAUGAUAAGAGCAGAAAAUAAAUAAAUAAAUAAAUAAAUAAGAACUUUCAAUUCAUACUUAAUCCGCUUUGAUCCUUGGAAAAAAAUUUGUGGAUCCGCAAAUAACGAGAUUUUUUUUCAUCCUCCUCUACUGGGACUGGACAAGAAAAUGCCACACACAGGGACGACAAUGUCCUCUGAUCCGGUAAUUGUGGGACUGCCGAGCGAAGAUCCGAAGGAUGUUCACGCUACAUUGGAAAGAAUUGAUUGUCACAGUAGACGUAUCAGUUUACGAAGACAAAGCAUAGCGCUGAAUGCUGUUAUCAAUCAGAGAAGAGUUUUAUUGGGCGCCCUGAUAAACGAGAUCGGCAGCAACAUAUCCCUACCGACUUGCAUAUCGAUCGAACAGGAUCAGGAACAUCCCUCGUCCAAUGCAGGUCAGGUUCCGAAACGGCAGCAACAGGAACAUCGUCGUCCUUCGACUUUUCAAUUAACACCGGUAGCUACCGCAACGGGGACAUUGGUGGGAAUGGACAUGACCAAAGCGUUACCUUCUCCGCUAACACCGCCUACGCCGGCGUUGGAAAAAACUGACCAUCACAAGUACCAAGAGCUUAUGUCAACUCUGAGUACACUUUACGCAAAGCUUUUGGUCGUCGUCGGUGUCGCUAUUCCUGUAACAGCGAGCGUUAGUCAAGGUGUACCUGUAGCUUUUGAUCAGGGAUUCUAUCUCUACUUGUACCUAACGAGCGUGGCGUUUGUCGUUAUGCUCUAUAUUACUUUGAUGAGGGAUAAGGCUGUAAAGAGACUUUUAAUAAAACAUGGCAAAGAUGAGAAGACUUACGACUUUCCAAUUGACACCGGCAGGUUGCCUAUACAGCAGGCGCAGCAAUACGGGAGUUUCUGUCUCCGGCUUGGCGCAGUUGGUUUCGGUGCGGGUUCCCUAGUUCUCACAGGUUUGCAAAUUGGUGCAGAAGUGGCAACCGCCGGUGCAUUCCGAGCUGUAACACCAGCAACCCGUCUCCUACUAGUUACCACCCAAAUGCACUUUAUAUUUCUGAAUAGCACAGACUUCGAUCUUGCGAGGCACGGGGCCCUCGCUAAAUUGGGCCUAAUGCACAUGAUAGCCACAAAUUUAUGCGAAUGGUUGCAGGCUUUGGUACAGGAAACACAUCACGAAAUCAGUCAACUGGAACACGAGCACGAAAGUAAACGCGGUAUUCUGGCGAGUCUUCUCGCGGACGCGAGUCCUUUUCUUUUCCCUUGCACUAUAGAAUUUAGCUUGAUUUGUGCCGUAAUCCUUUUUGAGAUGUGGAAAAAAAUCGACGAAAAACAAUCGCAGAGGGAAAUUUCAACGAGAUCCUUACACCAGCUUAGCAUAGACUGCAGCAGCGCACACAGGGGAUUAUUUGGUGGAAUUCUCGUGAUAUCAGCCACUGUGCUCAGUUUGAUAAUGUUUUUUGUUCUCAAGGACGAAAAGCCGGACAUAGCGGUGCAACAAGUUACUGUGUUGGAAGCCUCGCUAUUAACUUUAGGUAUAAUAGCGUCCGUUGGGGCUGCGAUAAGAAUGCGUAAUUUGGAGUCAAAACCUGUAAAAGGUAAAAAUCUAGACGACACGCUGCUGGCAGCAGCCCAGGCGGGGGUUUAUCUGCACUGCUUGUUCGGCGUAGUUGGAGGAAUUCUUACAACUGGACCAAAUUGGGGUGUCGCUUUAACCGCCGAUUUAUUAGCACUCAUUCAAAGCACCGUACAAACAUUGCUCAUUAAGGUCGCUUGGAGACGACGGUCCGCAACUUACAACAAGCCAGGAAAGGAGUUAAUCACAUUCCUUAUAGUCGCAAAUAUAGCCCUUUGGUCGGUUAACACUUUGGAAAAAUCUCGAGCCGGCGUUCGACCUGAUCAUUUGAAAUUUUUUGGUGUAUGGGCCUGGACGAUAAUCACCCACGUUUCGAUGCCGCUCGCAAUUUUCUUCAGAUUUCAUUCCGCCAUUUGUCUGUUCGAAGUCUGGAAGAGCUGCUACAAAUACAGACCGACCAGUCAAUCGCAAACACCUUAUUAACGAUCGGGUAAUUUUUCAUCGCCGAUCGAUCAUUCGACGGUAAAACGAGAAAAGUAUAAAUAAAAAUGAAUAAUGAAUGAACGAAGAAUAGAAAAAAACUUCGGAUCACAAUAUGUAAACGUGCACGUCACCGACGCGUUGUACAGUUCAAGAAACUCGCUUAGAACCCACGCUCGAUUUGCAAGGGAAUGAAAUUUUACGUUACUCUACCGCAGCUCUUGAAUAAAUGAAAACCGUCCGUGGCAGGUAUUGCGAGACAAUCACGAGAAGGUUUUAACUUGCGAUGUGACUUUAUUUUACUUUACAGCAAUUUCACAGCGAGGCCGCUGGUUUUACGAAAAACAAAGAGGAUCCUCGGACUCGAAAUAUCACAUGAAAUACAUGUAUGUAGGAUAAAUAUUUUUCGGAAAUAUUUAUUUCCAAAAUCAAUGUAUCAGUUAUUUUAGAUGAGAAAGAAAUUUACGUGUGAGUACGUGCAAUUUA